AAAAUGUAUAAGUAGGAUUCACGUCAAGAAUAAAAAAAAAAGCAAUAGCGGGAGUCAUCGUUUAUUGUUGUGAUCUCCGAACCAAACCCAAACAACUAAAAAACCAAAACUUCACAACAGAAUCUCUCUCUCUCUCUCUCUCUCUUCCAACAAACCAAAGACUCUCUUUCUGUCGAGAUCUCCCUCACUCUCUCUGCUUUGCAAAUCAAGCAGAUGGCAAUGCAGGAAGCAAACCCUACCUCUGCUCCAAGUCCUCAAGUCGUCGGCAAUGCCUUUGUGGAGCAAUAUUAUCAUAUUCUGCAUCAAUCUCCAGACUUGGUUCACAGAUUCUAUCAGGAUUCAAGUCUCUUAAGCAGAUCCGACAGCAAUGGUGUGAUGAAGACUGUAACGACUACAAAAGCAAUCAAUGAAACAAUUGUUUCCCUGAACUAUGAAGAUUGUACAGCAGAAAUAAAAACUGCUGAUGCUCAGGAGUCCUAUGAGAAAGGUGUCAUAGUUUUAGUAACUGGAUGCUUAACUGGGAAGGAUAACGUGAGAAGGAAGUUCGCGCAGACAUUCUUUUUGGCUCCACAAGAUAAAGGAUAUUAUGUCUUAAAUGACGUCUUUAGGUACAUUGAGGAGAAUGAUGCCCCACAGUUAAAUUCUGCUUCAAUAAAUGUCACCAAUGAAAAUUCUGAGGCAGUGCACAUACCAAAAUCAGAUGAUGUGCACCCUUCGGAACAUAUUGUGGAAGACCCUGCAACCUCUGCAGAGGGUGAAAAACUUAAUAAUGGUGUGGAAGUUUAUCAUCCUCAGGACAACAAGGAAGAAGGUUCGGUUGUUGAUGAAGAGGUUGUCAUACCGCCUACUGAUUUAAGUGAGAAUGAUGUUGUUACUAUUCAUGAUUCAACUUCUGCAGUCCAGGAUGAUGCACAAAAGACAUCAUAUGCAUCAAUUGUAAUGAAAAGUAAAACAGCAUCUGGCCGUGUCUAUGUUCCCAGCCGAGCUGCAAGAGUGGCAUCUGCUAAAUCCAAUGAACAAAGGCACGCUCCCACAAAAUCUACUCCUGGGCCCGAGGCAUUUGCUCCUAGUAGUGACAGUGCACCAGGGAGUAGUGAUGUUCCUGAAGCUGAAGGUCAUUCCAUAUACAUACGGAACUUGCCAUUUAAUGCAACAAUUGAACUUCUUGAUGAGAUUUUUAAGAAAUUUGGUCGUAUUAAACAUGGUGGAGUCCAAGUAAGAAGCAGUAAGCAUGGUUUCUGUUUUGGCUUUGUUGAAUUUGAGGAACUGAGUUCUGUGCAAAGUGCACUUAAGGCUUCACCCAUCACUGUUGGUGAGCGACAGGCUGUUAUUGAGGAAAAGAUAUCCACUACACGAGUCAGCGAUGGUGGAAGAGGGAGGUACCCUUCAGGAAGAGGUGGUUUCCGAAACGAGGGUUUCCGGGGGCGUGGGAGAUUUGGUGGUGGACGAGGUUAUGGAAGAAAUGAAUUCAGAAACCAAGGGGAAUUCUCUGGACGACCUAGGAGUUCUCAUCGGCCAAGUCAAAAUGGAGGUGGACGGGGCGGAGGCGGACGUCAUGGUGCGGGAAACCAUAAUGUUACACCAACUACUUCAGUGUGAGCAUAUUGGUUGAUAUAGAAAGAACAAGAAAACAAAACAAAACAAACGCUUGGUUGAUAAAUUUUUUAUAAGCCAAACACAAAAAACCUCUUUGUUUUCCCUUGUUUAGGCACAAAUGCAAUCAUUCAAAUAGAAGAUGAGUGAGUUCAUCAAACCUUCAGAAGUGUUUUGUAUUGGUCAUAUUGAGCAAGAGUGUUCCUUUGAUUGAGUUGUUGACAUGAAUCUCCAAUGUGGAAGUUUUCCUUGUAAAUCGGUACUAUGUGAAUUCCUUUUCUCUUUGUAAUAAGCGUAAUGGAAAUCGAAACUAUUCAUGAAUCAUGAUUAAUGAGGUGAGCCUAACAGGAUUUUUUGCGCAUGUUAUGUGCAUUUGCUAUAGUUGACAUGAUAUAUUGAAUGAGGUUGUAGUUGACAUUGGAAA